AUAUUCCCAUCAGUCUACAAGUGAAGACCAGCAUCAAAUCAUCAGGAAGAAGUGAAAUCUGCAGAGACAGUUUAUCGAAGGAUAGAAAGAACAUGAGAGAUUCAGAAUCCUGCAGAAUCAAACACACCGAAGAAAAAACAGAGUUGACUGAAGAAAAAAAGGAGGAGGAUGAAGAACUGCGUGAAGAGGAGGAAAAACAUCAUGUCAAAACAGAACAGAAAGCUUUAAAGAAAAUAAGAGACAAGAAAUCAUUCACCUGCCCUCAGUGUGGAGAGAGUUUGACAAACAAACAGAGUCUCCAGAUUCACAUGAGAGUUCAUGCAGGAGAGAAAUUGUUCACAUGUAAUCAAUGUGGAAAACCAUUUUUGUGGGCUUCAGCCCUGAAGAGUCACCUGAGAGUUCAUUCAAAGGAGAAACCAUAUUCCUGUCCUAUAUGUGGAAAUAGUUUUUCACUACUGAAUAAUUUAAAAGCUCAUCAGAAGAUACACACUGGUGUGAGAGAUCAUAUGUGCUUUGAGUGUGAGAAGACUUUUAUUACAGCUUCACAUUUGAAACGACACCAGAGGAUCCACACUGGAGAGAAACCUUACAAGUGUUCACACUGUGACAAGAGAUUCAUUCAUUCAGAAUCCCGAAAAGGACAUGAGAGGAUUCACACUGGAGAGAGACCCUACAUGUGUAAUCAGUGUGGUACGAGUUUCAAACUAAAAGCUCAACUUAAGGUGCACAUGGGAGUUCACACUGGAGAGAAACCGUUCACAUGUGAUCAAUGCGGGAAGAGUUUUGCACAAUCAGCAAAGCUGAAGAGACACAUGAAUGUCCACACUGGAGAAAAACUGCAUGAAUGUAAUCAAUGCGGAAAAACAUUUUUGUGGGAUUCAGGACUGAGGAGUCACCUGAAUGCCCAUUUAAAGGAGAAACCACAUUCAUGUUCUUUGUGUGGAAAGAGAUUUUCACAUCUGCAGAAUUUAAAACACCAUGAGAAGUUACACAAGGACGUGAGAGAAUAUAUGUGCUUUGAGUGUGAAAAGACUUUUGUUACAUCUACAGAACUGAAACAGCACGAGAGGAUCCACACUGGAGAGAAACCUUACAAGUGUUCACAAUGUGACAAGAGAUUCAGUCUCUCAGAAACACUGAAAAGACAUGAGAAGAUCCACACUGGAGAGAAACCUUACACAUGUGAUCAGUGUGGAAAGAGUUUUAGACAUAAAUAUCAUCUUAAGGUGCACAUAAGAGUUCAUACGGGAGAGAAACCAUACCAUUGCACUGCAUUUGAUCUUCAAGACCAUCGGUUUCAUCUGUGAGGUUCUGAUCAACUUAAAAGAUUAAGUUUCAUAUCCAAAGAACAGGAUUGUUUCGGCUCUGAUAAUGGCAUUUUCUGUGGAUCGGGUAUCGGUCAGAUGAGACUGAUCCAAAUCCGAUAUUGAGUGUGUACACUAUUCUGCGUUAUUGUUGAGCUCCACGAAAGGCACAAAAACAUUAUAAAACACCAAAACGUUUUCGUGUACACAUUUCAAGUGUUCUGAAGCUGAUCCCGUAGUACAAUGUGAAGUACAGAUUGAUAUUGAAAUCAUUAAAUACAAGUUCACAAAC